AUGUUUGCCUACAAUCUCCUACGACGAAUUCGACCCCUGCUCGAUGUUGGAUCAUUUUUCUACUUCAAACUCGUGAAUCUCCUCUUCGGUGUCAUCCAUUUGUUCACUCGAAAAGUCUCCGUCCCUCCGCCAUACGAUGAAUUGCUGCAAAUCAGUGCCACACAAGCGUCCGAUAUGAUUAGGAAAAGAGAGAUUACUUCAAUCGCUCUCGUUGAGACAUUCAUACGACGAAUUGAGCAGAUUAAUCGAACAAUCAACGCUGUUGUAUUGCCAAAUUUCGACGAAGCAAGGGUGAAAGCGAGGGAGAUUGAUGAGAGAUUAGAUGAAAUGGGAGAAGAUCAAAGAGAUCUGUUGAUCAACACGGAGCCGCUUCUCGGAGUCCCGUUUACACUCAAGGAUUGCAUUGAGGUUGGCGGUUUACCCUGUUCGAAUGGGAUCUAUUCAAGACGGUACACGAAAGCCGAAAAAGAUGCGACCGUUGUGGAAAGACUAAAAUCAGCCGGUGGGAUUGUUUUGGCGGUGACGAAUGUGCCCGAAGUUUGCAUGUGGUGGGAGAGUGUGAACACGAUUUAUGGUCGAUCUCAUAACCCGUACGAUACGCGACGGAUCACUGGCGGAAGUAGUGGAGGAGAGGCGGCACUUGUCGCCAGUGCUGCCACUGCGUGUGGCGUCGGUAGUGACAUCGGUGGAUCGAUUCGAAUGCCCGCUUUCUUCAACGGGGUUUUCGGGUUGAAGCCGACUCCAGGCAUUGUCCCCCUUGAGGGUCACAUGCCAGGCCCAAUCCCCGGCUAUCGAGCGCAAAUGCUUCGAAUCGGUCCGAUUUGUCGUUUCGCUGAGGAUCUGUCGAUUAUGCUAAAGGUGAUGGGCGGGAAAGCGGCUGUGGAUUUGCGAUUGGAUGAACCGGUUCAGAUGCGAAAGUUGAAAAUCUUCUACAUGGAAGGGCUGAAUACGCCGCUUGUCGAGAAUUUGCAUGAUGAUAUGAAAUAUUCACUCCAACGGGCUGUGAAAUACUUUGUCCGGAAAUACGAUCUAACAUCGAUUCGAGUCGAUCUUCCAUUGGCACAUUUAGCGGUCGAGUAUUUCCUCGUCUCAAUGUAUACUGAAGGAGAGCCCACAUUCAAGGAACAUUUAGCUGAUUUGAAGGGAUCGAUCAAUUGCUGGUUGGAGUUAAUGAAAUGGCCUCUUGGAAAAUCUCAGCAUACAUUGCCCGCAUUGAUCACUGGAUUAAUCGAUCGACCACAGGGUCCAUUCAAUGAAAGUCUUGUCAAAGAGCUUCGUUACAAGCGUGACCAACUAGCGAGAGAGAUCAAAGAGUUAUUGGGAUCAGAUGGGAUUCUCCUUUUCCCAUCAUUUCCACACACUGCCCCAUAUCACCAUCAACCUUUAUUGAAGCCUCUAAACUUCGCCUACACGGGUCUUUUCAACGCAUUGGCACUUCCCGUUGUGCAAUGCCCGAUGGGUUUAGCGAAAAAUGGAAUGCCAUUGGGAGUGCAGGUGGUUGGAGCUCCAGGAAGUGAUCGAACGCUAAUCGCAUGUGCGAAAGAUUUGGAAGAAGGAUUCGGUGGAUGGGUGCCACCAACACUU